AAAAAGUAUCAUUCAUUUCAAAUACACAUUUCCAUAGCCAUACUAACAAUAAAAUAGACGAUUGCCAAGGGAAAGUUCAAAUAUUUAAUCAAGGCUCAGUUUCCUAGAGUUUUGGCUAAAUAUUUGUCCUAUUCUGUUCAGUGCAGUGGCCUCUCUCAGGAGGUAACUGAGAGGUUAACACCACGCACGCAUUGCUGUUUUGAAGGAACUGGAGCGGAGGCAGGCUGCGCACACUCUCUGUCUGCAGGAUUGGAACGUGGUUACCCCAGUCAACUUUCUCUCAAGUCGUCGGGGCAAAGAGGAAGAAAUACGAGGAAUAGGAUAAACGACUGGAGUGGUUACCCUCCUUCUCCUCCUCACACGGUAAAUUGAAUGAAGGGGCUCUUUCCGACUCGAAAAGCAUGGGACAAGCUCAUGUAGCCUGGGCAUUGUUUUAAUAUACCCGUCCCGUCCUUGACUUCGUUGUUGUUUUUGACGGAUACACAUGUGUCGGGAAUGCUACCAUGGCCACGCCGAACAGCCUUCAGCAGCAGCAGGAUUACUUCAGAAGCGUCAGCAACGAAUCCACAACGUAUAUGAUGGUCCCGGCCACGGCAAACACGCGUCGCGAUGCCGCGCCAUCCAAGAUGUGGAUCGCAAUGGUGGUGAUUGUGGUGAUCGUUCUACAGAUUGCCUCGACCACCGGACUUUUCGUGUACCUGAAUAUGUCAAUAUCACAGGUGCGUAGCCAGGGUGUAACAGAGGAGCUGAAGUGUCUCAGUCUGUUAAAUGCUCUGGAUAAAGACCAAGACAUCCCAGAGAACCUGGCUCAGCUGUUUGGAGAGCCCUGCAUCAAACUGGCCGAGGGCAUCAAGGCCUACAUCUCUAAGGUGACAGAGAACAUAAUCUCAAAGCAGACGUUUCAAGAAGCGAGAACGUUACCUCACACCUUCAACACUUCGGGGUCAAAGUUCGCUACCUCUGUGCCCCAGCGGCCGUCAGCCCACCUGACCCUCAGAGACAGCAGCACUCAAGGGUCUCCCGUGUAUCCCACCCCCCAGCCCGACCUCCACCAAUCAUGUCGCCACCCAGUCCGCUCGUGGACCAAUCAGAGCUUCGGAGCCCACCUUCACAACAUGACCUUAGCCGAUGGGAGGCUGCGUGUGCCCCAGGAUGGGCGUUACUACAUGUACUCUCAGGUCUACUUCCGCUACCCGUCGCCCAGUGAAGGGGACCAGCCAACAGCCAGUCACCAGCUGGUCCAGUGUGUCUACAAGAAGACGUCCUACCUGCGGCCCAUCCAGCUGUUGAAGGGCGUAGGCACUAAGUGUUGGGCCCCAGAGGCGGAGUACGCCCUCCACUCUGUCUACCAGGGAGGGCUGUUUGAGCUGAGGGCCGGGGAUGAGCUCUUCGUCUCUGUCUCUUCCCCCACCAUGGUUCAUGCAGAGGAGUCAUCAAGUUAUUUUGGGGUGUUCCGUUUGGAUCUGUAAAGAUGGAUGGAGGAGAGAGAGAGGGGAGACCACUGCCAGAAGAGGGUAUGGGGUGGGAUGAAAAGGAUAGGGUGAGGAACGGAGGCAGCGUGAGGACACUGCCAGAGUUAGGAAUUAGGGGGUGAAAGGAGGGAUUUAGAGGAGAGGAGGAGGGAAGGGUGAGACCCCAAGGACUAACUCUCCCAUUCUUUCCAAAGUGAAUUAUAAAUAGAUCUGUAGAUUCUACAUGUGAAGGAGGGAGUUAUGAACCUGAAAACAUUGGAUGGACACAGAGGAUCAAAAGACAGAAGAAUGUAAUUCAUUUAUAAUUCACAUCAUAUAAUGUGGAACUAUGGAACAGAAUGGUAGCAGAAAAGAAGAAAUGUAUGUGAUAGCCAAGAGUGGUGCAGUAUGCUCGCUGUAUCUGUGCCAUUUAUACACACAUUACAUACUGACUGUAAUAGAAAGGAGUUGAGCACAGAACUAGAGUUACAUUCUAAUCAUUCUAUUUCUGUGAAGUUGACUGUCUGUUCCAAAGGUUCUAACUGGACAUUCGGCGGUUUGGGAAAUUAGAACAAAUGCUAAUAUGUUGUAUACAAGACCAUUUAGAGAAAUAAGAAGAGUGGAUGACUUUUGCUCGCUGCAUUGUUGAGGACUUUUAAACUUUGGAUGUAAGACAGUUUGGAAGAGGACUGUUUUGUUGUUGUUUAAACGACAUUGGACACUGUUGAACACAGUUAUGGAUUGAACAAAGGAGAAGAAGAGGAGGAUAAGGAAAGGGCAGAGGAAUGGAACAGACAGUACAAAGAAAGGACAGAGAGAGCGAAAGAGGGGUAUACGGCCCUACCAGUCUCUUAAGUAAACUUGUCUCUUGCUCUCUUUCUUUCUCUCUUAUCUCUCUCUCUGGAAUCUCUCUCUCUGGAAUCUCUCUGGUCUCCACCUGUCUGUCCAGUGUAACCUGUGGAACAGCAUACUGACGCCGGGAAACACAUACACACACACACACACACACUGUCGGACCUACUUUAAGCCCAUGCCAGUCAGCAACAAUUGGCAGAAAGUAAACACACUUUAAUCUAAACACAAACCAUACACAGUACAUCAUGGCUCCCUGCCCUACAGACACACUUCACUUCUCUCUCUGAGACACACACACACAACGCCUCCCUUUGUCGUCUGGUAAUUGUCAGUGCACAAGCGGAGGCUGUGUGUGUGUGUGUGUGUGUCUUCAGUGUUCAUUGGCUCCGUGGUUGUCCCGGAGGAAAGGUUAAACAAACAUACAGUAGGGUUUGUUUGGGUGCGCGCCUGCCAGCUUUGUAUUCUUUGUUUUACAGAGAAACAUGCAACACACACAAACACGUUCUCUCUCUCAAAGAGGAACACGAAAUACACCCACACACACAGUCAGACACACGAGAGGGACGCCGCGGAACACGAGACACAUGCAGAAAAACACACAAACACACAGACACACAAGAGUGACUCCGCAGAACACGCAACACAUUCAAAUGCAUAGAUAUACACAUGAUAGGGACUCCGCAGAACACGCAACACAUUCAAAUACAUAGAUAUACACAUGAUAGGGACUCCGCAGAACAUGCAACCCACACACCCACACUCUCUCUCUUACACAUACACACAUAACACACAAAACUGGGUGACGAUUAACCACCUCUUCCAAGAAUCUGUGGUGGGUUGUAUCUGUGUUUAUAGUGUAUGUACAGGUGUAGGAUCUUAAUUUGAUCCAGCUAAUGCAGGAACAUAAUCCUGCAGCAACAGUAAAUGUGAAUUAUUCUAAUUAUAUUGUAAUUCUUGGACAUUUUUGUGGGGGGUUUUUACAAACUUCAGAAGUCUUUUUAAACCUCAAAUACACAACAAUUUAGACAUUUCCUGCACCCGCAAAUUAAGAGCCUCCAUCUGUAUAGUUCUUAUACUGUGUAAACUUGAGGGAGAGGGUGGAGACACUCAGUGAACCAUAAAUUGUUAGUUUUUUUUCACAAGUGUGACAGCUGUCUUUAUUUGUUUGGUUGCUGUUUUAAUCCUGUCACUUCCCAAAUUUUUUUACUUUGAUCAAGUUUGCUCACUGGACCCUCGCUCACACAUAUAGACACUCCUACUAGUGGCAAAAAUAUCGUAAGGAGCCCCCAAAAAACACUACACCCCACUAACGGUACCAAGCCAUCUGCCAGUUAAGUUAAUUCCAAUAACUUUCCCAAAAUGUUGGAAGAUUGCUAGAAUUAGAAGGGAAUAAGCAGGAAACCCGUGAAUCCUAACACACUAGGCCAUUUAGCAGACACUAGCUGGCACAGCCACAAAGUCAUACAACCUUAAAUUAAGACACAAAAGCUCAUUUUAGUUUUCAUGCAUUUUUACAAUCUAGCCAAUUUUGACUUUGCAGCUGGCCUAAGGGGAAAUCGCUCAGUUCUGCCUCCAGGACAAGACUCAUGUCAACCUGGUACAUUUUCCUAUUAGUGACUCCAACGGGUAUAAAACCCAUUACCCUGGUAUUGCUAGCGUCAAUGUUUUACCAACUGUGCCACACAGGACCCCAACAUGUAUUUUUUUGAAAACCUGAGAAUUUGGGAAAAUAACUAAUUUUGCAACCGUAAACAAGACAGAAUAUGUUAUAGAUACAUUGUUCCCCAGCAUGUUCCUCUUUGGGUUGAUAUAUCAUUGUUGUUCUGUUUCAUACAGUGUAGUACAACACACACACACUCAACUCAUAUAGGCUUACAGCACACACACACACACACACAUUGGAGCUGUACGUUUAUUACAUAUUCAGUCCAGCAAAUACAAUUUAUUUACUUUGUAGCAUGUUGGUUAUGUGAAUUUGCCAUUUUUGUGUGUUACAGAACUGUGGUUCCCAAACUUUUUAUAGUCCCCGUACCCCUUCAAACAUUCAACCUCCAGCUGCAUACCCCCUCUAGCACCAGGGUCAGCGCACUCUCAAAUGUUGUUUUUUGCCUGCCACACACACACUAUGUGAUACAUUUAUUAAACAUAAGAAUGUGUGUGAGUUUUUGUCACAACCUAGCUCGUGGGAAGUGACAAAGAGCUCUUUUUAGGAACAGGGCACAAAUAAUCAUAUAAUAAUAAUCAAUAAUUUUGCUCUUUACAUAUAAAACCUUAUUUGCUCAUUGAAAAUUGUGAAUAACAACAGGUUAAUGAGAAGGGUGUGCUUGAAAGGAUGCACAUAACUCUGCAAUAUUGGGUUCUAUUGGAGAUAAUUUUCUACACAGUCUGUGCCUGUAUUUAGUUUUCAUGCUAGUGAGGGAAUCCACUCUCACAUAGGUACGUGGUUGCAAAGGGUAUCAGUGUCUUAACAGCGCGAUAUGCCAAGGCAGGAUACUCUGAGUGCAGCCCAAUCCAGAAAUAGGUGGCUUCAUUGGCUUCUGAUUUAAAUUCAAUUUUCACAGAUUUCGAUGAGGCUCUUUUAUUCAGAUAUCGGUAAGUGGACUGGAGGCAGGACAUGAAAGGGAUAACGAAUCCAGUUGUUUCUGUCAUCCGUUUUGGGAAAGUACCUGCAUAAUUGCACACCCAAUUCACUCAGGUGCUUCGCUGUAUCACAUUUGACAUUGUCCAUAAGCUUGUGUUCACACAAAAAAAUCAUACAAUGAUGGAAAGUCCUGUGUGUUGUCCGUGAUAAAGACAGAGAAGAGCUCCAACUUCUUAAUCAUAGCCUCAAUUUUUGUCCUGCACAUUGAAUAUAGUUGCGGAGAGUCCCUGUGAUCCUAGAUUCAGAUCAUUCAGGUGAGAAGAAACAUCACCCAGAUAGGCCAGUCGUGUGAGAAACUCGUCAUCAUGCGGUCAGACAAGUGAAAAGUAUGGUCAGUUAGGAAAACUUUAAGCUCAUCUCUCAAUACUUUGCCCCUUGAUAACCAGCGCACUUCUGUAUGUUGUAAAAGCGUUACAUGGUCGCUGCCCAUAUCAUUGCAUAGUGCAGAAAAUACAUGAGAGCUUAGGGGCCUUGCUUUAACAAAGUUAACCAUUUUCACUGUAGUGUCCAAAACGAUUUUUAGCUGUUAUGCAUUCCCUUGGCAACAAGAGCCUCUUAGUGGAUGCUGCAGUUUACCCAUGUGGUGUCGGGGGCAACUGCUUGCACGCGCGUUACCACUCCACUAUGUCUCCCUGUCAUGGUUUUUGCACCAUCAGUACAGAUGCCAACAUGAGCAGCAGCUACAUUCCACCGUUAGUGGAAUUCCCGCGAGAGAGUUAAUGUAAUUGGAUGUUAAUUAUUUGAUUAAGCUACCUGUAUUUGACAUUGUUGUUUUCGCUGAACACUAGGUGGUAAAAUUUAAUUUUUGGCUUUGAAACGAGGCUACUCAUGCGAGGGAAAAAAACUCACCAAAAUGUAUAGCCCCCGUUUGAAAAUCUAAAUGGACUGUUUGAAAAUGUGAAGAAGAAAGAAAUGGGGUCAAGGGGUAAUCGUUCCCAGUUUGGGAAUACCCGUUAUAGAAGAUUUGCACCUUGGGUCCUGUGUGUGUUUUUAUAUGUAAAUAUGGCUUUGAAAGCCUGAAUUGACACACUAUAAUCAUAAAUGUAAUCACUGCCAGAUACUAUGUUGGUUACUUUCAAAGUCUCUCCCUGUCCUCGAAAAAGAUACUGCGUGCAUUGUAACAGUUCAGUUGUAAAAUUAGAGGUUGUUUUUUUUUGUUCAUGGGAAUAUGGUUCGGUGAACUCUACGUGUGCAUGCGUGUACGCAUGGGUGUUGAGAGAGAGGUGUAGCAGCUGCACGUGUAAGGGACGGGUGUGAAAUGUGAUAAAGACAGAUCUUAUUCUACAUAGCUAUACUUCUCUCUCUCUCUCUCUCUCUCUCUGGUCUGUGUGUAUAAGAGAAACAGAGAGAGGAGAAAACCGUUAUAAAACCAAAGGGCACAUUCUUUUUUUAAGUAGUUUUUACAUGCUUUAACCACACGUUCUCUCCUAGGCUGUGUCCCAAAUCGCACUCUAUUCACAACUUCUGACCAGCCCACUAUUGGCCCUGAUCAAAAGAAGUGCACUGAAUAGAAAAUGGUGUGCCAUUUGGGAAACUAUCCUUUCCUAUUCUCCUUUUACAAAUGUUUUUCUGUUUUAUCUCGUUUGAUAAUGAUAGGCCACUUAUGGAACGUAUGUACAUGUAUACAUUGUAUUCUGAUGUUCCUUUGACUAGGAUGUUAAAUGUGUGUUAAAUAAAGUGCUGAAUAAUGGUAAUACUGUAA